AUGACGUCAACAGGAAAAAAACUAGUGUCGUUAGUGGUUAGUAAUAAUGAUUUUACUACCGGGCAACAAUCAGAUGAUUCAACUGAAAAGGAAUUAGAGAGCUUUUUCGGUGACGUUUCUGAUACAGAUGACCCAACUUACCACCCCCAGGACUACUCACCACAUAUGGGACACGUAGACUCCGCUGAUUUAGUAACAUUAGAUGAUUUACUAGGUAGAAGAGACAACGAAACAAGGGAACAGUUUGGAGUCGAAGAGUUGCAAAACAUUAUUGAAGCUGUCCAGGAAGGUGAAAAACAAAAUAGCGAAGCUACUGCCGUAGUUGAAGAUUUUUUGACUGAUCUUCUUAAAAAGACUUGGCUACUCAUAAAACCAACAAAACGGUGGCGCAAAUCUGAUCCCAGUUGUUGGGCUCGUAAUGUAGCAAAAAAAAGACGAGCAGAUGGUUUGUCUUAUAGAACUAAAUCGAAAGCUGAUACUGAAAAGAAAAAAGAACUUGAAGAAGUUUACUUGGCUCAUCAGGAAAGAAAGAAGACUUGUAAUAAGGAAAAAGAUAAAAUAAAAGCAAACUCAGAGGAGAAUUUUAGUACUGUGACGUUUGAUUUACAAGCAGUCCUCCAAAUACCUACUUGUGAUGUAGGCCUGCUUUAUUAUUCAAGAAAACUAUGUGUUUACAACCUAACAGUAUACGAAGCAGGUCUACCUAAUAAUGCCUAUUGCUUCCCAUGGUCGGAGGUUAACGGCAAGAAAGGUAGUUGCGAAAUUGGUACUAUACUUUUACACUAUCUUACUAAUUGUGUCCCUGAAAACGUCACAGAAAUCAGUUUAUUCUCAGACACAUGUGGCGGUCAAAACCGCAAUCAAUUUGUUGCCGCCUUACUACUUUGGGCAGUCCAGAAAAUUGACCACUUCAAAGUGAUUGAGCAAAAGUUUUUGGAAUCUGGACACAGCCAGAUGGAAGCAGAUUCUAUGCAUAGUAGCAUAGAAUCUGCAAAAAAAAACACGUCCGUUUUUUCUAUGAUGGAAUGGAUAUCAAUUUUUAAACGUGCUAGGCGCAGGCAAACUGUAAAAGUUGAUGGAAAGAAAAUAAUUAGAGAACCAUACCAUGGCAAAGAAUUUAAGUACAACGAGUUUCUUGACCUGAAGCACCUUGCUGAUGCAAUUAUGAAGAAUAAGACGAAAGAUGAAAAAGGAAACAGAGUACAAUGGUUAAAGAUUAAGAGAAUAAGGUAUGUAAAAGGAGAAGAAAGAAAAUUGUUUUUUAAUUAUGACAUGAGUGAACAUUUUAAUGUCAUGAAUAUUGGGGAAACUCCAUCCACUUUCACAACCCAACAUGAGUAUUCAACGCGAAAGAAAAUGCGACAUACUGAAAAUAACUCACCUGCUGAUCAUGAACUUCCGAACCAGUUAAAUCGUCUGUAUCAAGAACCUCUCAAAAUAACCAAAGCCAAAAAAAGAGAUCUCAUAAAUUUGUGUAAGAAAGGUAUAAUAUCAGAAGAGCUACACGGCUGGAUCGAAAACUUAAAAACUGAAAAGUUGAAUGAUAGACUACCUGAGCCGACUGUUAGUGAUUCAGAAAAUGAAGACGAUUGUUGA